UUACAUGUAACAAAUAUGGGACGCCCUUAUAAUAAUAGGAAUUGAGUUACCUUGUGAGUGUUGAGUAAUUUUCCUUCAAUAAAUUAUUAUGAGGCAGAGGCAAAAGGCAAAUGCAAACGGUAACUUUUUUAGCCCAUAGACUGCACAACAGGGAGCAUUACACUUCCAGGUAGGAUAACGGCUAUAAGUUGUAGAGGGGGUUGUCCACCGUUGGAUUAGAAACUAUCCAACGGUCAGAAUUUGAAAAAGAAAAUAUGACCGUUAGGCUUACAAGCGAAGCGUCGGCUCCUCAGCUUCAAAAGGAAAGCAGUCUCUCCCCUUGUCUCAUUCCCCAAAACCCACAGAAAUCUACAGAGGAGAAGAAAGAAAGAGAGAAACUCAUUGAAAAUGGCUUCAAGACCCAUUGUACCACAACAAUCCAAAGGCGAGGGCGGCGUUGUAGGAGCAGCAGUUAAUAAGCAGACAAAGAAGAAUGCGGCAGGAGAUGGGAAGAGCCGCCGUGCGUUGGGAGAUAUUGGGAAUCUGGUAAACGUUAGAGGAGUGGUUGAUGGCAAGCCCCAGCCUCCGAUUCACCGUCCUCUCACGAGGUCUUUCUGCGCACAGUUACUUGCCAAUGCACAAGCUGCCGCCGCCGCUGAGAACAAUAAGAAAAAUAUUUGUGUUAAUGUGGAUAAAGCUCCUGUUCUUGAUGGAGGCGCUGUGCCUAAAAGGGCUGCUGCACCGAAGCCCGCUCAAAAGAAGCCAACUACUAAGCCCAAGCCUGCAGAAGUGAUUGAAAUCAGUCCGGAUACUGAUCAAGAAGCGGUGGAGGUGGAGGAGAAGAAAGAUAAGGUUCCUGUGAAAAACAAUAAGAAAGUAACUGAGGGAGAGAGAUCAUCCAAGAAGAAAGCACAGACUCUUACUUCAGCCCUUACUGCCAGAAGCAAGGCUGCCUGUGAAAUUGCUAACAAACCAAAACAGGAGAUUGUUGAUAUUGAUGCAGCAGAUGCUAAUAACGACUUAGCUGGGGUGGAAUAUGUUGAUGACAUCUACAAGUUCUAUAAAUCAGCUGAGAAUGAGAGCAGGCCACAUGACUAUAUGCACUUGCAAACUGACAUUAAUGAGAAGAUGAGGGCAAUUCUUAUUGAUUGGCUGAUCGAUGUUCAUCAAAAGUUUGAGCUUUCACCUGAAGCUCUCUACCUUACCAUCAAUUUGAUUGACCGGUUCCUCUGUGUGAAGAUUGUUCCUAGGAGGGAAUUACAACUGCUGGGCAUGAGUGCCAUGCUUAUUGCCACCAAAUAUGAAGAGAUCUGGCCACCUGAGGUCAAUGAUCUAGUAUGCAUUGCAGAUAGAGCAUACACUCAUGAACAGAUACUUGCGAUGGAGAAAACUAUACUGGGAAAAUUGGAAUGGACUUUGACAGUUCCCACACACUAUGUAUUCCUAGCGCGCUUCAUCAAGGCAUCGAUUCCUGAUGAGAAGAUGGAAAACAUGGUAUAUUUUCUAGCUGAGUUGGGAAUGAUGCAUUAUGAGACCAUAAUGUUCUGCCCAUCAAUGGUUGCUGCCUCAGCAGUGUACGUUGCUCGUUGCACUCUAAACAAGACUCCUGCUUGGACUGACACACUCAAGUUUCACACCGGUUACUCUGAACCACAGCUCAUGGAUUGUGCUAAAUUGCUGGCUUAUUUCCAUUCAAUGGCUGCAGAGAGUAGGCUUCAGGUUAUAUACAGAAAGUACUCGAAUUCUCAACGAGGAGCUGUUGCAUUGCUUCCAUCUACCCCAAAUCUAUUGAAACAUUGAUGCAUUAAUCAUGUUCUUUAUUU